CUCACACACGGCAAUAUGGGUCAAGGGCCAUCAAGCGGUGCUGGUCCAAGGCGUGGAGCUGGCGACAGGGAGAGCAAAGAUAACAAGAAACCUGAUGCGCCCAAAUGGGAGCCUCCUGUGCCCACCCGUGUAGGCAAGAAAAAGCGCCGAGGUCCAGACGCCUCCUCGAAACUCCCUCCCGUCUUUCCGACUACACGAUGCAAAUUGAAAAUGCUCAAAAUGGAGCGUAUCAAAGACUAUCUCCUAAUGGAAGAGGAAUUCGUGUCAAACCAGGCCUCGACUGCCGGUGAAGAUCGAACUGCCGCCGACCGAUCCAAAGUCGACGAUCUCAAAGGCUCGCCAAUGGGGGUAGGAUCACUGGAGGAGAUCAUCGAUGACGAUCACGCAAUCGUUUCCAUCAGUAACGGAUCGGAAUACUAUGUCGGAAUCAUGUCAUUCGUGGACAAGGACAUGCUGGAACCUGGUUGUUCAGUGCUGGUGCACCACAAGACCCACUCGAUCGUCGGCGUACUGGCAGACGACACCGAUCCUAUGGUCUCGGUGAUGAAGCUGGACAAAGCUCCAACAGAGAGCUAUGCAGAUAUCGGUGGUUUGGAGACGCAAAUACAAGAGAUCAAGGAAUCUGUCGAGCUACCUCUCACUCAUCCGGAGCUCUAUGAGGAAAUGGGAAUUCGACCACCCAAGGGCGUCAUUCUAUACGGAGUUCCAGGAACAGGCAAGACUCUCUUGGCGAAGGCUGUGGCCAAUCAGACUUCGGCAACUUUUCUGCGUAUUGUUGGGUCUGAGCUCAUUCAAAAGUACCUCGGUGAUGGUCCCAAGCUGGUACGAGAACUUUUCCGAGUGGCUGAGGAGAAUGCACCCUCCAUCGUCUUCAUUGACGAAAUUGACGCCGUCGGAACGAAAAGAUACGACUCUUCUUCGAGCGGCCAGCGAGAAAUCCAAAGAACCAUGCUUGAGCUUCUCAACCAGUUGGAUGGAUUCGAUACGAGAGGGGAUGUAAAAGUCAUCAUGGCGACCAAUCGUAUCGAAUCACUUGACCCAGCUCUAAUUCGACCCGGCCGGAUCGACCGCAAAAUCGAAUUCCCUUUACCCGACACAAAGACGAAGAGGCAUAUCUUCAAACUGCACACGUCUCGAAUGUCCCUGGCCGAGGACGUGGAUCUCGAAGAGCUCGUUAUGACGAAGGACGAUCUUUCUGGUGCCGACAUCAAAGCUGUCUGCACCGAGGCAGGCCUACUGGCAUUGCGGGAACGCCGCAUGCGCGUGACUAAACAGGAUUUCAACUCGGCGAGGGAAAAAGUGUUGUACCGCAAAGACGAGAACACGCCUGCUGGAUUAUACCUGUAGAGAGAUUGUCUCCCAGUCGAGGCUAGGGUGGCUUGUAAUGAAUGGAGAGACUUCAGCAUGCACAAAUGACUUAAUGAGCA